AUGGCAGACGCAGAGAGCAAGUUCCCAAUCGACCUCGCUUCAUAUAAGAACAUCGCCCUCGACCCUACAAAGCCUUCUCUCACAGCACAAGAGAAGGAGGCAAUCCAGUACAACAUCCACCUACUCCGUGACGCAAUCAUCCUAUUCACAGCGACAGGCGCAGCACGCGGCGUAUCCGGUCACACAGGUGGGCCAUACGACACCGUACCUGAAGUAGUCAUCUGCAGGGCUCUCUUCCAUCAUGCCGCUACCGUACCUGGAUCGCCCCAGUUCGUCCCCACCAUGUUUGACGAAGCUGGUCAUCGUGUUGCGACCCAGUACAUCCUCUCAGCACUGAACGGUGACCUCCCGCCCGAGCACCUCCUCCACUACCGCGCCGCCUACUCCAAGCUCCCCGGCCACCCCGAACUCGGCCUCACCCCCGGCGUAAAGUUCUCCUCCGGUCGCCUCGGCCAUAUGUGGGGACACGUCAACGGCGUCGCCUUUGCUAACAAGGACAAGACAGUCAUCAUGCUCGGAUCUGACGGAUCAGAGCAGGAGGGUGACGACGCCGAGUCUGCCCGGCUGGCCGUUGCCAAGGGACUCAACGUCAAGCUGCUUAUCGACGACAAUGACGUGACGAUCGCUGGCCACCCGAGCGAGUACUUGCGCGGGUACGACGUGGGUCGCACGCUCGAAGGCCACGGGCUCAAGGUCGCCCGCUGCCUCGGCGAAGACCUCGAUUCCCUCUGGACGGGGAUCACCACCAUCCUCGCCACCCCUGGGCCUGCGGCGCUCAUCACCAAGCGCAAGAUGUGCCCAGGGGUCAAGGGACUCGAAGGGAGCACGCACGGUCACGAUGUCAUCCCCGUCAAGACUGCUGUUGAGUACCUCCAAGGACGCGGGUACGGCACGGCCAUCACCGACAUCCUGCUCAACAUCAAGCCGACCACUAUCCCAUAUGUGUACGAGGGCUCGUCAAGGGAUAACAACGCUAACCGUGUUGUGUUCGGCGAGGCUGUUUCGGACGUCCUCGAUGGGCUUAGCAAGGAAGAGGCUGCAGAAAAGGUCAUGGUCAUUGACAGCGACCUCGAGGGCUCCACCGGCCUCAAGGUUAUCCACCAGAGGCAUCCCGAGGUGUUCGUCACCUCUGGUAUCAUGGAGCGUGGCAACCUCCUCGCCGCAGCUGGGUUCGGCUUUGACAAGAACAAGUUCGGUGUCUUCUCGACCUUCUCUGCCUUCCUCGAGAUGUGCAUUUCCGAGAUAACAAUGGCACGGCUGAACGACUGCAACCUCCUGUGCCACUUUUCCCACUCCGGCGUCGACGAGAUGGCAGACAACACCUGUCAUUUCGGUAUCAACCAUUUCUUCGCCGACAACGGUCUCUCCGACUUGCAUUCCUACCUCUACUUCCCGGCCGACGCAGCCCAGAUGGCCGCCGUGAUCAAGAAAGUUUUCUUCCAGCACGGGAUGCGUUUCGUCUUCUCGACCCGCUCGAAAGUGCCCUACAUCCUCAACGCCCAAGGCCAGCGGUACUUUGAAGCUCCGGGGUACGAGUUCGUCCCAGGAAAGGACGAAGUGAUCCUGGAGGGCACAGACGGAUAUGUCGUCUCCUUCGGAGAGAUGCUUUACAGGUCCUACGACGCCGUCCUCCGGGCACGCAAGUCUGGCGUAAACGUCGGGCUGAUCAACAAGCCCACCCUGAACCUGGUGGACGAGUCCGUCCUACGCAAGAUCGGCACCACAAAGUUCGUCCUGGUCGUCGAGUCCCAGAACCAGAAGACAGGCUUGGGGAGCAAGAUGGGCACGUGGCUGUUGGAGCGCCAGUUGACCCCUAGGUAUGGGUAUAUGGGCACGGUGAAGGAGGGAUGUGGUGGGUUGCAGGAACAGAUCCCUCACCAGGGGCUGGACCCGGAGAGUAUCCUCGCGAAGAUUAAGGUGUUGGCGCAGUAG